CGUUGAUGAAUCAACUCCACUCCAUUGGUAAAUCGUAUUCUUAUCGUCAGCGGAUCAACCCAGUGAGAGCUCUGUUGUUUUGUCUACCAAUAGAACAAUACGUCGAUCACCAGGAACGUUAGUGAUUGCAUGAACAAUAUUGUUGAAUUUUGUAUAAGUAAUAAUUGAAUGUGAUGCCUAUGAGAAUUAAUCCUCACGAAAUCCAUAUGAUACUGCGGGGAUUUCCAUUGCUGUGUGGAUCAGAGAAAGAAGGAUACAUUAAUUUUUAGGCUGUUAUCUAGUGAAGAUUCUCGGAAUUCUCUGGAAUUUUGAAUAUGCCACCCCCCUGGGCAACUCUGGGUUUCUUUGCAGUUGGAAUGCUCCUUGCCAUCGGUGGUUUCGUGUACAAUCAAUAUCGAGAACGUCGUAACAAUCAACACUCUUAUAGCAGGCGGAGUUCUCCUCGUUCAUUUGAAAGAGGAAGAAAUUUGACAUGUCCCAUUUGUGGUCGAAGAAUAUCAGAUAAUUCCUAUGAAAUGCCCUGUGGACAUCAGUUCCAUCGAGGAUGUUAUGCUGACAGACUGCUGCACAACAGAGAUACGCAGGGAAUUGCUCAUAUGCCCUGUCCAAUCUGUGGUGAACUUGGUGAUAGACUGUCUGAUAAUGGAAUAUCAGCUGUUGAUGGAUUGUCUGAUAGAAGAGUGAACUGCAGCUAUUGUUCCGGAAUUUUGACAUCUUCUGAAAGAAUACAGUUAGAUUGUGGCCAUUUUGCCCAUUCUAUAUGCGAAGAGCAAUGUGGAGACAUUCAACAGUGUCCGAAUUGUUCGGGAAAUCGAACAGGAGAUCAUAAAUGUAGUACGUGUGAAAUGCCCAUUCAAUCUUCGGAUCGAAAUUUGAAGCAACUGGAUUGUGGACACUUGAUACAUUCAUCUUGUUCCAGUAUUGCUAAAUUCAUGAAAUGUAGGAAUUGUCCACGAACCGAAGGAGACCCCGUGGAUUGAUUAAAUCAAUUCCUUAUAAGUUUCUUUCUUAUUUUAUAAUAUAAUAUACACAAUUCUUCAAAGAACUAGGAAAAAUCCACCGAGACGUAGAAUUAUCAUUUUUGACUAGUUAUUCACUUUCAAUUAUUUAAAAAUGAAUUUGAAACAAAAAUUAACUAAAAAUAGUGUUAAUUUAAGUGUUAUAACUGUGUGCCUUUAUAGUGAAUUGAAAGAAAAUAAAACUCUAAACAUGAAAGGA